ACACAGUACAUGUUUAGGGUUUCCUUUGUAAUUGCAUUGCUGUCAACUAUUUCAGUAAACGUUCUCAAUAUGGCUGUACAUGUUUAUGAGCCUACUGCACAAUGUACCUUAUACAAGUCUUCUAUUCCCGUGGGACCACAAACAGCUUUAGACAGUUCUGCUGGGGUAACCGCUAAGGGGGGACGUAAUAAAAUCAUGAAGAGGGCGGUUGUCUUAGGAGCCGGAGGGUUUAUCGGUGGACACUUAGUGAAAAGGCUGCAGCGCGAUGGUUACUGGGUCAGGGCGGUCGAUAUAAAACGCCAUGAAUUCUUUACUGAAAUGGGAGACGACUUUGUCGUUGCUGAUCUGCGAGAUGUGGAUCAGGUGAAGAAGAUCAUAACUAGCGAUAUAGACGAGGUCUACCAACUCGCUGCAGAUAUGGGUGGCGCUGAGUUCGUUGCCAGCGGCGACUUCGAUGCGGAUAUUAUGCACAAUUCAGCUUUGAUUAACCUCCACGUUUGCAACCUUUGCCAAAAGAUGGGCGUCAAGAAGGUGUUCUAUUCCAGCACUGCAUGUGUAUACCCUGUAUACAACCAACUAGACCCAACGAACCCAAAUUGCAAGGAAGACUCGGCUUAUCCAGCUGAGCCGGAUUCUGAGUAUGGUUGGGAGAAGCUGUUCAGUGAACGCCUCUUCUUGGCUUAUGCGCGUAACCAUAGUAUGCGAGUUCGUAUUGCACGCUUUCACAACAUCUUCGGUCCUUAUGGUACAUGGGAGGGAGGACGGGAAAAAGCACCUGCCGCCAUCUGUAGGAAAGUCGCCAUGACGAAAGAUGGUGGUUCUAUAGAAAUAUUUGGCGAUGGCAAGCAGACGAGAUCUUUUCUAAUUGUAGAUGAAUGUGUAGAAGGUGUUAUCAGACUGAUAAAUUCGGACUUCGAGGGACCCGUCAAUAUCGGUUCAGAAGAAAUGGUCACAAUAAAUGAACUCACUGAUACAAUUAUCAAGAUAUCAGGGAAACGAAUCGAGGUCCGUCACAUCAGUGGCCCCACUGGAGUUCGAGGUAGAAACUCAGACAAUACCCUUAUUGAACAAAAAUUAGGCUGGAGACCAAGUCGAUCCCUUUAUGACGGUCUUCUAAAGACAUAUACUUGGGUGAAAGCACAAGUAGAUAAAAAGUACUCAUAG